CAAAUCUUGUGCAUCUGUGGCAGCAGCAGUUUCUGAAAAGUUAUUUACAAGAAAUUGUUUUAAAUAUUUGCAAUUUUUUUGAUAGUUUACCAAACGUCGAGUUUUCCAUUUGCUCAUCAUGGAUCCAGCACUGCUCCGCGAGCGGGAGGCCUUCAAGCGGCGGGCGAUGGCCACCCCGACCGUGGAGAAGAAAGCCCGCACCGAGCCCAGCUAUGCCGCCCCGAAGGACGUUAAGAAGGCCCGGCCGGCCAACGCGCCGCCCAAGAUGGAUGCUAGCAACUACAAAUCCAUGUCCGGAAGUUCUCAGUACCGAUUCGGUGUGCUGGCCAAAAUCGUAAAACACAUGCGAUCUCGUCACCAGGACGGCGAGGACCAUCCGCUCACGUUGGAGGACAUUCUUGACGAGACAAACCAGCUGGACAUCGGUUCCAGCGUGAAGGCCUGGCUGCAAGGCGAGGCCCUCAAGAACAAUCCAAAGAUCGAGGCUACCCCGGAUGGGCGGUUCAUGUUCAAGGCGGUGUACAAGAUCAAGGAUGGCAAGAGUUUGCUGCGGCUGCUGAAGCAGCAGGACCUGAAAGGACUUGGUGGAGUCCUGCUGGACGACGUCCAGGAAUCGCUUCCGCACUGCGAGAAGGUGCUGAAGAACCGUGCCUCGGAGAUCGUCUUCAUUACGCGACCAAACGACAAGAAGAAGGUUCUGUUCUACAACGACCGGUCGGCAAACUUCCAGGUCGAGGAGGACUUUGUGAAGCUGUGGCGUUCGGUCGCCGUGGACGCAAUGGACGACGCCAAAAUCGACGAGUACCUGGAGAAACAGGGCAUCCGGUCGAUGCAGGAUCACGGUCCGAAAAAGCCGGCCAUCCCGAAGCGCAAAAAGGCGCAGAACAAGAAGCGCCAGUUCAAGAAACCCCGCGACAACGAGCAUUUGGCGGACGUGCUCGAGACGUACGAAGACAACACGCUGACGCAGUCCAACGCCGUGCAGGAAAUUAAGCAGAAUAACUAGGGAAUGGGUUCAACUACAACAACUGUACAUUAAACUAACACAUUGGGUAUUUUCUCAUAUAAUUAAUAAAACAAAGAACAUUCACACAAUUAAA